CAAUAUCCCCUUAUGUGUGACAUCAUGCAAGGAAGAUGAAAGAUGGCUUCUGCUGUAAAGAUCUUUUAAUCUAAAUAAAAGGUAAGAGACGAGGACACAGUGAGACAAAUGUCAGCAAAUAAAGAGCUGCUCUUCUCCUUUCAUGAGUGUGUUUAGGGAAGAGCAUAUGUUAGGGCUAUCCAACAAGAAAACUAAUCCUCCUCAAGGUGUGAAUAUUUCACAAUGUCUGUAAGAAUCCCCUUAAUUCAGGAGCCACCCUUUGAGGAAUGCUGCCUGUGGGUCUUGGCCUCUUCAUUACAGGCAGCUCUUUGGCUUUGAGGAGAAAACUCCUCUCUUCUGCUUUUUUCCAAAGGCAGCUUCUUUCCAGUAUACUUUAAUAAGGCUAUGUGAGCUGCAUUAUUCCUAGCCAGUGUGUGGGUAGUGCCUACUAGGUAGGGUCCUAGUUGCAGACUGAGGUUUCUUGUUUCUGCUGUGUGUGCUCCAUGGUCUCUGAAGCUUUUGUGGUGUGUCUGUGCUGGCAUAAGACCCAUGUGGCUAGGACCCAUGGAGGCUAUCACAAUACAAAUAACAUCAGUAAUUAAAGAAACACUGGAGGAGGAUUCUUCUGAAUUAAUUUUGCCUCAGAGUAGACAAGGAAAUGGGGAGAACAAGGGUGUUAGACAAACUCUGUCUUCCUUGCUUUGUUUUCUUUUCCUGGCCAGAAGACCCAGGCAAUAGGACAGCAUGGAAGAACCCUGCCUGUUGCUGGAGUUGUGUUCACAGCCUGGGCUGUCUCUGGGCACCCUGACUGCAGAUGGAGCACACUGGCCAGCCCAGUGUGCCCCAUUCACCCGGGGUGAAGCUGGGUCACAGCCCCUCAGCACUGGCACGCUGUGUGAGCAGCCACAAUGGCUUUGCUGAUGCACAGAACUCGCCUGGAGGCCACAGCUUACUGGAGCCCACUUUCAUUGGUGCAGUGUUCAUGUGCUGAGCUGGUGGCCUGCAGUGGAGUAAGACCUUGGCUGCCUUCAGGGAGAGAUUCAUCUAUAGCUUCUUUUUAUCCCUGAAGCUGCCUACACAGAGCAGCUGCAGCAGCACAGGUUCUUGUAGGGCUCAUAUAUCUGAGCUCCCUCAAAGCUGCCUCUUCCACGGAUGUUUUCUCCUCUGUGAAGCUAGGGCUAACAGCAUCAAGGCAAAUCAUGCCAUGCAAACUCGGGCAAACAGCUUUACUUAAGUACGGUGAGAAUUUGUAUUCUGGCAGCUACACGGAUGGCUUGGAACUUGGGGAGAAAUUGAGCGAACCUCCAGUGCUGACAAGGCAGAGGGAUUUCUUAAGUUGCAUUUUUUCAUUUCUGUAACUAAUAUAUGAGGAGCUUUUUAAAUGUCUUGAGGGGAGGCAGGGGCAAGGAAGAGUCAGGGAAAGAAGAAAUGAAGAAGAGAGGCAAUUCUUUGCCCAUGACUUACUGAAACCACAAGUCAGCUGCUAGGCCCCCUGUGUGGCACUGGGAAUCGUGGCUCUCCUAUCACUGAUUUACCAGACAAAGGCAUUCUCUGCAUUGCAACACAAAGCCUUUUGUAGACCACGUUGGUAUCCUCAGAAGAAAGGAUGGUCAAAACCCCCAGCCCUGGAGGACUCUGCAAUCCAAGCUGGCAGCCAAGCAGCUGCUGUGGGAUUUGCCCCUGGGAAUGCCUUGCUUUUUGUGUUUUCCUUUGAGCUGUGGCCAUUUCACUUUGAUUACUCAUGUUCCUUUUUUUGGAUUUUCUUCUUUUUGAUUUGUGCUUAUUUGUCUUUCUGGAUUUUCGUGCCUUGUUCAUCAGACCGGUGUGUUGCAGCAUGACCUGCAGUCCUGGAGCAGAGGGAAAGGGAACGUGUGUGUCCAGUGCAUGUGAGGAGCACUACAGGUGCUGAAACUGUUCACACACUUGUGCCAACCUCCCCAGUCUGACCCCCAUGUGCUUUGCCUGCCUCUCUGCAGGCAGGAGGAAGCCUGAUGGUUUUGAUGUGCAUAUACAAGUGACUGUCCUCACCUACCUUGAUACUUUUAACAGAAAGACUGAAGCGUGUCAAGUAAACUCCUGAUUCUCUCAAGACUUAAUUGCUGAACAGUUUUCUCUGUGCUGGAGGGCUUGUUUGCCAAAUAGCAAGUUUACAAGCAAAAUAAACAUUAAUCUGCCUUUAUUUUUCUGAUCAAAUCCAACUACCAAAGUUGAGUUUCUACCCUGACAUUUAUGCUAGGUCAUUCUGCAUUCAGUCACAGCUCUGCUGGUAUGGAAGAGUAUUUUAAGAACAUAAAGAGAAAAAACCCUAACAAAAGCAAACCACACAUUUUACAUGUCCUCUAGAAGGAAACCUUUAAAAUCAUCUAUACAAGCACUGCUUUGGCCUCAGAAGGUGUUUUGGUAUAGACAAAUUCAUUGGCACAUUUUGCAGGCUAAGGAAGUACUUUUCAGCUCACCUUCUCCAAACCUGAGUGGUGAUUAGAUGGGAUAAAAUGGACCUUCCUGGAUAGAUGGACUGGAGAGAGGAAACAACACAGCACAGCAGCACCCCUAAAACACAGUGCACUGUGCACAGCAGCACCAGAGGCAGGGCAGGCAGCCGGGGCCUGAAGAGCUCUCAGUGAACAGCCGGUGCCUGGGUCUCGGCAUCCUGAAGGAGGUCUGGGAUCGGUGUUCGCCUUGCUGUGUCCCCGACUUCCGUAGCACAGUGUAGGGUCUUCUGGGAAAGCCUGUCGUGGAAAGCCUGAAAUUUCACGGAAUCACAGAAUUUUUAAGGUUGGAAGAGACCUCUGGAGGUCAUCUAGUCCAACCCCCUGCCAAGGCAGGGUCACCUAGAGCAGGUUCACAUCUUCUGCUUCGAGACAGAAGUGAAACUAAAUGGAAAAGCUACCAAAACACAUUCCCACUCAUCCUAUGCACGGCCACCAUGACGAGAAGCUAAAGGAGCAUCUCCACAACCACGCAGUUAAUUUACCAAGGCGCGGGACUCUAGUCCAGCUCCUUACUGGAAGCACUUCCUUCCCUUCGCAGAGCGGUGAGCGAGCUCCUCCCCCUUCACUGAGCGGGGCCGGCGGCGGCGGCGGCGAUGGAGCCGGCGCUGGGCGCGGAGUUCGAGGAUUCCCUGUUCGCGCCGAGCCGGGAGCGGCGGGAGGGCGGCGGGGACGGGGCUGCGAGCGGCGCCAGGCACUGCGAGCCCCGCUGGUUCCACAGCGCGGCUGACGCGGGGGAAGGAGCCGAAGGGAUCACGAGCAGCAAGUUCCGGGCGGACUGGGCGUUCCGGCAGCGGGACUUCGAGAAAGCCCUGUGUGAAUACUCAGACUGCCUGCUGCUCUUACCUGCCAGCAACAUUGCAAUGAGGCGUGAUGUCCAGGAGGGCCAGGCUCGGUGUUUAUCUCGCCUGGGAAGGCACAAGGAGGCUCUGGAUAUUGCAGAAAAAAUGAGAAACAGCGCCACUAACACAGAUCACUUAACGACGGUUCUCAACCUGCAGUUUUCCAUUUACCAGGGUCUGGAAAAUGUAGAAAAAAAGAUGAUGUGUCUGCAGCAACUGAUCUGCUUACAUCCUUUCAAUCCCUCGUUCUGGAAGUUGCUUGCUGAAGCUUAUAUGAGCCUUCUACAGAAUUUGUCUCCACUGGUCAUUCCAGAAGCAAAUCUAAAUCAGUCUGAAGAGGUUUGUGUAAGCAAUAGCAGUUUCAAAACAUCAACUGGCAGAGAGAUUAAUCUGCAGCCUCACAGAUCAGAGGGCCAGAAGGAAGGCUCUUGGUUCAGCCUUGCUGCAGAAACAAAGAGGGAGGAUGCAGUGACUUGUCCCAGCAGCCAAGUAGUGAAAGAAUUCCUCUGCACUUCAGGAGAACUGGAACGGACAGACAAGGAGAAAUGUGCAGUCUCCAAGGCCUGGAAGCAGAACAAGUUAAAGAAAGUUGGGAUAAAAGCAUGUGCCUCGUUUAUUAGAGCAAGGCUUUUACUUCAGCUUACCCAGUCACAACAGUUGUCCUUUGUGCUAGAGAAUAACAGAAAAUGUCAGAAAGAAAUUGAUGACAAAGUGGCUCUACUUGGUUUCGAUGAAAACUCCUUGCUGUUGAUGACCAAAGCUAUGGGGCAGGAUCUUAUACCAGAAAAACUAAAAGAAGAGUUUCAGGGUGAGGUAAAAUGCAUAGGCCCAUCAGCACUGUCAUCACUGGUAACUGCUUCAGUCAUAGAAUUUGAAAUAAAAUGGUUUGGUAAUCUCCAAGAUGAUUUAUGUCACUUUGAUGGACAAUUUUAUUCAAACAUUUAUCUCCCACCUUCAGUAACAUAGACAUUUUGUUGUAUUUAUUCUUGUAUUUCCAAAUGAUUACGGCAUGAUACAUGCAAUAAAGUUCAUUUUACAUUUUUAA